UUUUUUUUUAAUGGACCCACAUGUUUUAUGAAAUCAAUGUAUCCGAUUGAUUGGGACAUGAAGUCACAUGCGUAUGACUGAUGAGGACAAUAAUGGAGGGCUACGCGUAAUCAGUGUGUGAGCAGGCAAUUCAGCUGCUUCGUUUCUCAGCCUGCACUCAGGGUUGAGAAAGGACAAAGUGAGGGAGUGUGUAUUUAAGCUUGUGUGUCUGAAAAAGAGAGCUAGCGAGUAAGACAGAGGGAGACAGAGGGAGACAGAGGGAGAGCGCUUGAGCCUGGGUUUUCUUUGCCGUGCUUUUCAGCUCCUCUCUGACUGGAGAAAGAGGCGUGUCCAUGGACCAGUAUAAAGUCCAAGGAGAGCCACUCGUGUUGAGCCAUUCUCAGCAGUGAGCCCUUCACACUGCACACCGGCAAAAGGAGGAAACUGCAGCUGUUAUUCAAAACGGUGCCUUUUUGAUUCCCUGCUUUGCUUUUGGACACUUGUAGACCAGAUUCUUUUUCUUUUUUUUUUGUGUGUGUUUCAAUACAGGGUCGGUCGAGCCUCCGGACUCAAACUGGAAGAGAGAGCAAGACCCACCUGAACACAGUGGUGGAUAUCCGUCCUGCAACUGUUCAUUCCAACAUAACAAAAACUACUUCUUAUCACUACUACAUUCGCCAGCCGAGCAGCUCAAGCGCAGGCUCCAAUUUCCACGCUGUGAAAUUGAAUUAGAGGAACAGAGAGGCAAUACAGCAGAGGAUUUGUAUCUCUGCAAUUGAAACACAACAACCAGCUGAAAACCUCCUGUUGAAGUAGAAAGCGCUCACAACAUUCAGAGGAGAAGGAAGCAGAGGGGAGCGCACACGCGGGUGAAGGAUUGCGUGCAGGCGCCUCCUGGGCUGCCAUGGUGCGCGGAGGUGCCGCAGCAGUAGCGCCGUCCUGCUGGGGCCUUUGGGCAUUUGGCGCCCUGUCGAUGGUGGCGCUGUGCUGGUCGGACCAAGCCAUCCGUUGCCCGCUGUGCUCCGAGGAGAGGCUGGCCAGCUGCCGCCUGCCGGACGGCUGCGAGGAGACCGUGCGGGAGGCCGGCUGCGGUUGCUGCCCCACCUGCGCCCUGCCAAAAGGGGCGCACUGCGGUGUCUACUCGCCCCGGUGUGGCACGGGCUUCCGCUGCUACCCGCCGCGUGGCGUGGACAGGCCACUGCACUCACUGAUGCACGGCCAGGGGGUGUGCACUGACGAGAGGGAGGUGGAGGAGAACUCAGCGAUGGACAGGCAGGAUGAGAUCAUUCCUGACCACCCAAACAACAGCAAUAUCCGCUGCAGUCCGCAGGACAAGCGUUGCAUACAGAAGAACCUGGCGAGGCAUCCUCCCAAAUCCACUAAUCAGAGGAGCAACACUGCCAGGGAGGAGACCAAGGCAGCGCUGGCGCCGUGUCGUGCUGAGCUACAGAGGGCGUUGGACAGACUGGCGUCAAACAGCCGCACACACGAUGAUCUCUUCACCAUCCCCAUCCCCAACUGUGACAAGAACGGAGAUUUCCAUCUCAAACAGUGUCAUCCUGCACGCGACGGCCUGCGGGGAAAGUGCUGGUGUGUGGACCAGAAGACGGGCAUGAGGCUGCCAGGCCCACUGGAGCUCCGAGGGGAUCUGGACUGUCACCAGCUAAUGACCGCAACCCUGAGAGAUUGAAGGGGGCAGAGGCAGCGAUGGGUGCAGCACCAGCGGGAUUCUACUGCGCGUAUACUAGUAGAACUACACGAGGAAAAGACUUUACUCUAGAGCCUCAGCUUCACCUGAGGCCAACUGUACUUUGAGCCUGCGCAACAAAAAGGAAACUAUUGUUUUGAGUUCUUUUGCUAUCUUGUUUUUGUCCGUGAGAGUAUGUGAGUCUUUCCAGCACUUGCUGUGUGUUGUGUUGUUUCCACUAUGUGAACUUAACAGCGUUACGUCUUAUGGCCCGUGUGCUUUAAAGUUACGUGUGGAAGAAGAAAAAAAAAACUUUCCAUAGAUAACAGUUGUAAAUGUGACUGUUGUUGGAGAGCAAAAUAGAGUCAGCCGGGAUUUAUUGUAAAAGUAUGAAAAUGUUUCAACCCACCAGAUAAUCAGACCCACGCUAGGACAGGAUGUGUAAACGUUUGUUUUAAUCUCUCUGGGAGCACGAGGCCAGGUGCAAUCACCGCAUCAGGGCAAUCCACAAAGAUUCGUCAAAGGAUUGCAAACUAGUUUCUUCACACAAUUGGCGGAAUUGGUUGUAACGCAUCGCUCUGGUUCAACUGCCCUGUAUGUCAUAAACGCCGCUCAUCUGGUCAGAAGGUGAGCGCAAAGCACAAGAGUCUGGUUUAAGAGCAGCGAUAAAAGAAGGGACGAGAACAGAUAAAGUGAAGGAGGACACAGGGGCAACAAAGGGAUCCAACAAACCCCCGCUGUGUGUUACCAAAUGAUAAGCCAUAGCUUUUCACAGCAUCAAAGCCAAAGUGAAAAGUGAGAUUAGUUUGAACGACUGUAUCUCUGAAAGGCCAGAAUAGAUUUGCUUCGUGUCCCGGUCGUAAACCCUUGUUCUUCCUCUCUAUCAUCGAGCUCCAAAGGACUAGAAGCUCUGCGCGCCGCUGAUAGGAUAAGUUACAGUGUGACUUUCAUUUCUGGAAGAAUGUGGUUCAAAACACAGGAUUUCUCUCCAAACAGACUGCUUGGCAGACCUUUGGUGGUGCUAUGUACUUACUGUGCCAAAAUACAUAAUAAACCUUUUGGGGCAUUUGGGGGGAUUGUAACCGAAAACUUACCAUCACUAUGUGUGAGCAACAGCAACAUGUGUGACGGUCUGCACUAACUGUUGAAAAUGGCUUCUUUAAAUGAGUGUUUUGAAUGGUAAUGUUAAAUUAUAUGAGAAACAUCCCGCCAUCACUGCGGCUACAAAUGGCCUAUUGUUUCAUUGGCCUGUGUUUUAAAUUGCAGGCGUGAUGUCUCUUUAAUAUCCAAGUUUUAAUGAUUAAACUCCCGUCUUGGGCAACAUGUAGCUUUGAAUGGAGGAGGUGCAGCAGUAAAGAUAGCGUGGUGUUUAUGUGCAAACAAUAAUUUCCUUUUUAAUUUGACUGGUUUUAUAUUGUCUGUAGGGCCUCACACAAAUAAUUAAACAAGUGUUUUACCAGUACAAGUGACGUAGUGACUCAUCAAAUAUUUUAGAUACUGCAGGCAAUAUUAUUAAAGUUCAGGGCAGAGCAGCAGGUUUAAGCUACUGAUGGUGUUUGGACAGCCUGCUCUUUCAGUUUGACGGAGUACCUUAUAGACGAUACAAGCACAAAUUCAUCUCGUGUGGAUAGAAGGACAGUAUUAGCGUUGCUGCCCGCGCAGAACAUCAAAUGUCAACCUUACAAAUCAACGGCGUGGGUUCUGCAGUGUUGUGUUCUUUCUAUGCUUCCACAUGCUGAUAUCAUCCAAUAAUCUUAGAAGUAUUAAAAGCACAACCCUCUGACGGGAGGUCCAUUCAGCUAUAAACAGUUAUUAACAAGUGCCAUGAAAACUAUUGAUGUUAUCAUUAUUAUAAUGUAUUUUUGCAAAUUUUUUCAUUAUUCAGUUUGGUCAAACCCACCCAUGCCGCCCCACCUAAAAUGCAACAGUAUAUGCAUAUAUGUAGAUGGCGGUAAAGGAGAAAAGUCAAUUCUGGUGCUAUUCUAAUGCUGUUCAGUGUUUCCCUUUGGUUUACACCAUCAGGGGGGAUGGAGGAGGGGUAGUAGUCAGUCCGCUGGUGCUCUCUGUCCAAUGGUGUGUGCACAGACCUAUUCGCACUCGUGUCGGUGCAGAACUAUUAGAAUUAUUAUUAUUAUUUUUAUACCAGACCUAUUAAGGGGGGAGGGGGAUGGGGUUAUAAUGAUAGGGGAAUUGUGCAAAGUAGAAAAACAUGACAACUUUAGCAGCGAUUUAUUGUUGCCCUCCCCCAAUCUAUCUUCAAUGCGUCCGGAAGUAACAUUUUGGAAAACAGGCUUUCUACUAUUUGUUAACCUAAGAACUUGAAUGGUGUGUUUUUUGUGCACUAUGACUUCUAUCACUCUGCUACAAAACAAACGCUUUUGCAAUAUAUUGAAAUCCUGUAUGUUUAGCCGGUAUAAACUAAUCUAAUAGAAACAAUGUAACAAAACUACAUAAAGGGUGAAACAUUAUCAAAUCACUGAAACCACUAGUUGUUAGUCGCUGGAAAUUGAUGACCAAUUUUGCUUGUCACUACAAAAAUAAAUGUGUUCAAAGGCACUACGGUGAACUACCGUUCACCAAAAUGCAGACAAAUAGACAAAGAUGGCGUGGAUGUGGAUGUGGAAUCAUUGCUACGGCUUAAAAUGGUCAAACACCAAACAGCACAAAACUUUGUUCAGUUACCUACAUGCAUAAACUCUUUCUAAUCAUUCAUCAAGUAAUGAAUAGUUACUGAACACAGGUGACAUCUGUCGAGGGUUUUGGCUUUGACAUUGUAACUUUUAACUAACAUAAGCUGUGUAUUACAUAAUCUAUAGUAAGUUGCUUGAUCUGUAACUGCAUUUCUCUGGAACAGACUGUCAUGUUUGGCUUUGAUAUUAUCGAUUGACGUCUAGAAGAUAUUCAUUCAUGUUUGCAUGCAUACAUUGGACCAGGGUUAGAAACAGUUACGCCGUUGUGUAUCUUGUCCAGAACAGGACCGUCUGCAUCACUGUGUGAUGAAAGAAAUGAGACGAUCAGUUACGUUGAACAUGUUAACCAAUGAAACAGUACACAUUGUAAUACAUCAAUUAAAACCCUUUUUAAAAAUA